AUGGGGGACUUCGGGCUUGGUGGAAGUUCAACGUCCCUUUCUGCAUUUCUCACAACUUUAAUUCCUGCCUUGGUGAUUGCAGCUUUCUGGUUUGGCUUAUUUCUGAUCUGUCGACGGACUCAGCUGCGGUGGUAUGCCCCAAGAACUCAUCUGCCAUGUUGGCACAAACAUGAGCGAGCCCCACGGUUGCCCUCCGGCUUUGUCAACUGGUUUGGCGAGUUCUUCAAGAUCAAUGAUGCUCAAGUAUUGCACAACUCAUCCCUGGAUGGUUACCUAUUUCUACGAUUUCUGCGCGUAUUGUCUGCAACAUGCUUCACCGGAUGUGUGAUUACUUGGCCUAUACUGCUGCCUAUACAUGCUACCGGAGGCGCUGGAAACACGCAACUUGAUGCUUUGAGUUUCAGCAAUGUCGUGGAUUCCAAGCGGUACUAUGCUCAUGCUCUCACGGCGUGUAUUUUCUUCACAUUUGUGUUCUUCGUUAUAACUCGGGAGAGUGUAUUUUAUGCAAACUUACGACAAGCGUACCUAAACUCCCCUGCCUAUGCGCGCCGUAUCUCAUCAAGAACGGUACUCUUCAUGUCAGUGCCCGAAGAGUACAAGAAUGAGGAGACCUUGCGAGAGGUCUUCGGACAAUCAAUACGGCGUAUGUGGAUUACCUCCGACUGUAAGAAGCUGGACGGCAAGGUUCAACAAAGAGACAAACUAGCCUUUAGACUUGAAAGUGCCGAAACAAAGCUUAUCAGGGCAGCAAACUCGGCUCGUCUCAAAGCCAUCCGGAAAGGAGCUUCAAUUUCCAAGGCUUGCUUGGAGACUGAUGCCUAUCAUGACCGUGAAGCAGACACUUCGGGCUGGUAUCACGGUGUGAGAAGGCCGACUCAUCGCCCCAAGCUGUUUGGCAAGAAGGUUGAUACGAUUCGCUGGCUGCGGGCCGAGCUUGUCAAGGUCAUUGAAGAGGUUAACAGCCUCCAACAAAAGCACAGGAAUGGAAACAUGAAGAAUCUCUCGGCGGUCUUCAUAGAAUUCCAUACACAGAAUGAUGCGCAAAUCGCCUUACAGACACUCUCACAUCAUCAGCCGCUGCAUAUGACUCCACGAUUUAUCGGUAUCUCUCCAAACGAGGUGGUAUGGUCUGCAUUGAACCUCAGCUGGUGGCAGCGCAUUGGGCGCAGAUUCUUGGUUCAGGGAGGCCUGGCGGCACUGGUUAUAUUCUGGUCAAUUCCAUCCGCCAUGGUCGGCACACUCUCGAACAUUAGUUCUCUAACCGACCUUUUGCCAUUUUUGAGUUUUCUCAAUGAUUUGCCCGAUGUGAUAAUCGGUCUCAUCUCGGGCCUGUUGCCAUCCGCUGCUCUGUCUAUGCUCAUGUCACUUGUUCCUGUUAUUUGUCGAGCAUGUGCCAGAUGUGCGGGUGUACCUUCUGAUGCUCGUGUUGAAUUAUUUACCCAGAGUGCACAUUUCUGCUUCCAAGUAGUGCAGGUUUUUCUUGUCACGACUUUGACAUCUGCGGCCUCCGCGGCGACUGCGCAGAUCAUUCAGAAUCCGCUAUCCGCCAAAGACCUGCUCGCUGAAAACCUUCCGAAAGCCACUAACUUCUACAUAUCAUACUUUCUUCUUCAAGGCCUUGGCUUGAGCUCUAUGGCAGUUGUGCAGGUUGCUGGAGCAGUGGUCUUCAAGUUCAUCACCACUUUUCUCGACCGCACUCCACGCCGUCUGUACCAACGAUGGGCUACGCUCAGUAGUCUUAGCUGGGGGAAUGUCUUUCCUGUGUUCACCAACAUGGGCGUAAUAGCGCUCACAUACUCCUGCAUUGCUCCAUUGAUCCUUGGGUUCGCAUUUGUUGGCCUCUACCUUGUCUAUCAAGCCUACCGUUACAACUUUCUCUUUGUGUACGAUCUUCGCAUCGACACCAAGGGUCUGGUUUACCCCAGAGCUCUCCAACAUUUAAUGACCGGUCUUUACUUGGCUGACAUCUGUAUGAUUGGUCUCUUCGCCAUCAAAGGUGCCAUUGGGCCGUUGGUAAUCAUGGUUUUGUAUCUGAUCCUGACCGUGCUUGCCCACAUGUCCCUCAACGAAGCCCUUGCACCCUUGAACUCUUUUCUUCCUCGUACCCUAGACGUCGAGGAAUCCGCUCAACUCGCCAAAGAAGAAGCCUCGGCGGCAUCUACGCCUCUUGACACAAGCCCCUCACCUCUGCAAAUCCGAGGCAAAUGGCAGUCCGCCUGGAGAUGGUUUCAUCCCAACCUUUACCGCGACUACGCUGCCAUUAGGGGCAAGGUUCCCCGUGACCACAUGGAGAUCCGAUACUCCGAAGAGGAACAGAACAAUGCGUAUUUUGAGCCGUGCAUUACCUCCCGGACGCCAAUGGUAUGGAUUCCGCGGGACCGAUGGGGCUUCAGUCAGCAGGAGAUCACGGAUACUGAUCCGCUGAUCCCGAUCACAAAUGAGGGUGCGCAUUUGAGUGAGAAGAAUAAGAUUGUCUGGGACAAGUUCGAUCCGAGAUUACCUUUGUGGGAAUUGAAGACUCUGUACUAA